AUGUCGUACGACAAAUCUGACGAUCUUGCCUAUAACCCAUUUGCACAUGAGGACGACCACCGCCCCCCAUCAGCUUCAAGCUCAAUUCAAGGAUAUUACAGUUCAGCUUUCUUUCCAAAAGUUUCACCAUCUAAGCCAACGCUUCGUCGUCGGAAGUCUUUGGCAGACAAAUCUUUCAAGCUUGAGCAGCACCCUAGGAACCAUGCUCGAAUUCCGACAGAAAUACAGAUAACGCCGCCAUACAGUGCUGGUUUACAUCCUUUGAAAUCAGCGUUGGCAGCAACUAAUAAUGGUUCAAUUUUACAUGAUUUGGACGUCACGAGACCAUAUCUAUCUCGCAUUGUUAAUGAAGGAAACCUGGUAGACGCACCUUUACUGGUGGACGGCACGGUCGCAGACAAAAUCCCUCCAUCUCAGGUUUCGGAUCUGGAGAAAGAUGUUAUUGUUCAUCAAGUUUCCUCAAAAGAUUCUUUGGCAGGUGUCUCUUUAAAAUAUGGGAUUUCUCUUCCGAAUUUGAGAAGAGCAAAUCAACUGUGGACGUCGGAUUCUAUACAUCUGCGGGACGUACUGUAUAUCCCUAUCGACCAGGCCUCACGGGCACGCGAAUACGUACCUGAGCCUAAACUUAUAUCCCUGACCCCAGAUACGCAAGAUUCACCCAACGACCCUUUUGACGACGCCUCUACUGCCAGCUCACCAUUCAAAACUGAACCAACCAAUUCACUACCGUCUAGUUCUCCUGUAUCUGUCCGAAGAAUACCCGCCAAGCAACUGACAUAUUUCCCCCCUUCGAGUAGCAAGGCAACGCGGUUGAAAGAGAACGAGGACAGAGACGCUACAAGUGUAUACCUUCAUUCUCCUGGAAACUCUAAGACGUCGCCCGGACCUAACAGAUAUAGCCCAACUCCAGCUAAUAAUUCACUGGCGUCUAUUCUCACAGCACUUCCCAUCGCCGCCUCCACUAGAGACGAGAUCAUCACCCGACUGUCAUUUGAUAGCGCCAGUUCCAGUUUUAGUGAUCGCUCACGAUUCGAAUCAGAUGAAGAAAUUGGCCACGAACUUGGGAACGUUUCUAGACAAAACUCAACACAAAGCUAUCACGCCAAUACAACAGACAACUUGGACGAACUGGACGAGGUAGCAAUGCCUACACCUAAAGCUUCCCAACAACCCCACCGUAUUUUACCUGCUAGAAGUCAAACCAUGUCAACCACAUCGUCAUCGCUUCCAAAGGCAUCAUACAUCCAUCCAACAUCUUCGACAGCAAUCCCUCCAAGAUUUUAUAUUUCCCACAUUCAUGAAGCAUCUAUUCGCACCUCCCAGCUAGAGCCGUCCCCUGCUAUGGAGCUCCCAAAUUUCCGAAGCAAUACAGUGGGCAGAUCUGUGGGAAGAGUGUAUCAAAAUCACAGUGAGGAUGAACCUGUUUCUUAG